AUGCCGUAUUGUUCAGUGAAAUGGUGUGGAAAAUGUAGUUCAACGUCUAGUCUCACCAAAGAUUUUUCAUUGAUAACAUUUCACAGGUUUCCCACGUGCCCUAACAUAAAACAAAAAUGGAUUAACGCUACAAAACGAGAUGGAAAUUGGUUUCCUGGAACGAACCACGUAAUUUGUUCUCGUCAUUUCACUGAGGAUUGUUUCCGCGUUAUUAGUGGAAAUCGUCGUUUUCUAUUCGAAACUGCCGUGCCUACACUAAUGUUACCAUGUUUGGAGAGUCAUCAAAAUCUCGCGGAGGCAUCUACUUCAUCAAAAUCCGUAACUUCGAACCAAAAAAUAAAUAUACUGGCUACUCAAUCAACUUCUAGUCUUAAUGUAACAUAUAUUUCGUUGACUGGUAGUGUUCAAAACAUUCUUGCCUUGCCAUCAACUUAUGCGGAAUCUGAAACUGUAAAUCGAGAUACAUUAACACCGGUCCCUCAGCAAAAUUCUGAGCAAACGACGACUGUACAGGGCAGUCAU